GCUUUUGUGUCGUUGGGCAUUCUCUUUUUCUUUGUUCUACCAAUUUACAUUGUAAUCUAUCUUUUUAUAUGAGUAUUAGUUGUCUCAAUGCAGUGCAUGAUACUGGAACAGCCUCUGUUCAUAUACCCGCUUUUCUCCCUACAUUCGUCAUUCUACGUUAUGUUUCUUUUUGUGCAUGACUUUUCAAUUUCCUCAGUGCAAGACCAUGCUAUCUCAAAAUUACAAUGCUCAAGUCAUCUGAAUCUGCUUCUACCUGUUUACAAGGUCCAACGGAGGGGCUCUCUCACGCCCUCUUGUCUGCGAUUUUUUCCAAGCUGUGUUUUCUGCAGUCGCUCGAAUCAGAAUGUGAAUCUUUCAGCCCUGUUUUCUAUGGAAUUCAAUGCAAAUCUAUAUUUUCAUUCAUUACAUUUCGUUAAGAGUUUCUCUUCGCGCACACCUUUGUGAUUUCAGCGAAAUACGGGAACAUUAUGAGACUGCAUCUUCUCAUGUCGAAGAGAAAGCUUUCAUCAAAACGGCGAGAAACUUUCUUUUCUGCGACACCUCAUAGGCCAUUCACGAUAUCUGACCAAAUCUAGGCAGGAGUCCAUCUAUGUCAAAGCUAUGCCUUUGCAGCGAAGCUUAUCCAGCCAGGAUCCUCUUCUGACAAAUAAUGCAGAUGGGCAUUUAGAUCAUUGAUUCAGCCACCGGGU